UUGUCGACGGGCGGGUGGGAUGUUCAAAUCAGCAAGCGAACCUGGGGAGCGUAUGAUGCAGCAAAUGAAUUGCGACUAUGUUGUUAUGCUCAGCGGUAGAUACAUUGUUACUAUGCAAUGAUAUUAUUAGAAUUAAUAGAUAUAUUUGUGAUUUGGCGCAGCAUUGUGUCAUUGAUUAAUUAUGGAAGAGCGCCUGAUUUAGUCAUGAUGAUGGAGCGUAUCAUACACUCAAGUACAUUCUCGGUCAAGUUCCGACUCAGACUAGACUCAGCAAGAAUAUCUGGUUUUGUCACAUUUGUCAUUGUCAAAAUUCCAUCAUAUUGUGUGCGUGUCGUAAUUAAAUUAGCGCAUUUACAAAGCCAAGGGCAUCAUGGGCAACGAGGCCGCCAAAAACGUGUAAAAGAUAGAGUGCACUGCGGGAUGGUCAUGGUCACUCUGUUCUGGUUCUUCAAGGCUACUGUUGCAGUCAUGGGCCACCGCCGCUCACGUCACAAUUGAUUAACGGACUUUACUAUUUUUGGUUAACAGGAUAGUACAAAAGUUGAACUUGAACAUUCCUAAAUGCUGUCUGACAAAGGAUGCACUAUAAUCAGUGUAUAAAAAUGUUCUUACUAAAUAAUAGUGAUUAAAGUCUUUAGAAAAUCUAAACAAACUUGAAGUAAACUACAGUGUUAGGCUACAGUGUUUCCAUAACAAAGUGUGGAAAGAUCUUAAAUAGGUUAAGUAUAUCCAUUGAUCAAAUAGAGUUUAUGAUUUUUUUUCAAGGCCUCACCUUCUGUCACCUGCCUAACCAACAUGCUAGUUAGUGGCCAUUGCCUAAUAGCUGUCUUGACUGUCCAUUGCCUGUCUUUAGUUUCUAGUGAAUUAUGUAAGCAUGUAGCUGUAGUGUUUUUUGUAAUAUGAUUAGGAACAGCAGGUCAGGUAGUCAUCACUGAGCUCAAGGUCACUUGUGUAGCCCUAGACUUGAACUUGAACUGAGACAAUUAAUGUUGAUGAUGCAGUAAUGCAAAUAUGCCCCUAAACACUUACCCUCCCCCAAAAACAUUUACUGCACAGCUGUGCAUUCUUCACAGUUGAAGUUAUGGUAAAGGUUAUCUGAAAGGAAGUUGAUAUUCAAAAAGUCAUGUAUGUCACUGAAGGAGUAGGAAUGUGGAAACAGUCAGCCAUGGUGAGUAGAAGUCAGGUAUAUUUGAUAUGAUACUAAUCUAUGAAAUUCAAAUUUCCAAUUUGUAGCUAGUUUGAAAUGAUAUGAAUCUCUAGGAAAUAAAAGGGGAAAACAGCAGGCAUCACAAAUAAACAACAGCAGGCAUCACAAAUAAAAAGCUCAAUUGAAUCACGUUUUUUUAUGCUAUUCUUAAAAAUGCUGCUUGAAGUGCUAUUAGUGCAGAGCUUGCCGUCAGUGACAGGGAAAAACACAGUAUGUUGCCGCAGUGUCAUCAAUGUGUGUGUUCCUGAUGGAGUGCAUUAUAUUGCUGAGUCACCUCAAGAUUAUCUGUGCUUAUGCUGAUGCAGAGAUAUUCUGCCCCAUAUUUCAGUUUGCUCGUGUCCUUUCCUGUCAUUCUUUGCUGCAAAUUCAAUGUUUACUGCAAAUGACAUUGUAAUUCAACAGAUCUACUGAGAAUCUAUAAUCAAUUGAUGUAAGUCUGACAGAACAUGUCAGCUGUAUACAGGACUGGUCCUCUUGUGACAGGGCACUAGACUAGUGACAGCCUUAUCAGUAAGUGGCAUGAUUUAGAGGGACAGAUAGACUGUACAUUUCACAGAAACAUUAGUUGCCAUACAUUUCCAAUUCCACCCACAUAUUGUAAAAAUGUCAGGCUGGGAGAGUAGGCAGAAGGGAAUGUACUUUUUUUCUUUAGAGGGACACAGGAAUUCUACUGCUGCUGGGGAACUGCAAUGAAGUAUAUGUCUGAACUGCUGGAGUGAUGGGCAUUAGGUGGUUGUGUCUAGGCCCUCUAUAAUAAGAGUUCAACUGAAAAAUAUGGACCAAAAUAUUGACCAACUUCCUCUGUAAGCAGAAGCAUUAAACUUUAAUUCACAAGUUUAAAAAUAACAUUGUAGUACAAACAUUGAGUUAUUUUGCUGGCCAGGUUUUACAACCUAUCAAGUACCAUACAACGGAAUUUGAAUUAAUGAGUCACCGAUGAAAGCCUCACUCCUUGGCCUGUGGAAUUUAGCAGUGUGUCUGUGUGUGUGUUGGUUAAGAUGCCCAGUGAAAAAAACAUCAGAGGGUGUGUACCCACUGGCCCAGCUCUGCCUGCUGAGAUAGAUAAAGUUGGCUUUAGCCAGCGGUACGCAAGGAAGCUGAGGGGGGGGGGGGUAUCUAUUCCACACAGGAGGCUCAGAUGGCCAGACAUGACCACGCACGCAGGCCCAUCAAUGCUGCUGAAUGGAUCAACAGUUGACGUCUGUUAAGUGUGGUGGGGGACCCCCUUCAAGGUUUCAUCACUGACUCUACGGUACAGUACAUAUGUAUGUGCCCCUUGCCUAUAUAGGACUACGGUAAAGAUAGAGGUUGAGUGAAGACUCUGCUGAGAGAUGACGGACCUGGAGGCAUCGACAGUGGGUGAACCCCCUCCUCCAUACAUGAUCUUCCUCCUGGUUUUCUUCUUCUUCAUCACGGGCCUCCUGGGUUUCCUGGUCUGCCAUCUUCUGAAGAAGAAGGGCUACCGCUGCAGGACAGGGGAGGAGGAAGAUGAAGAUGAGGAGGAGUGUGAGCAGAAACUGGGACCAGACAAGAAUGAUGAUGAAGAAGAGGACCAUCAAGACACUGUUGAACAAAUCCUGAAGUGCAUCAUUGAAAAUGAAGCCAACAUGGAAGCCUUCAAGGAGAUGCUAGGAAAACAGGAUAUUUGUGAACAUCAUGAUCCUACGUUACUGCGCAAAGAGAGCCUCGGGGGUAUUCCACCUCAUCACCACACCGUGCACUCUGGAGCCCAGCUUGACCACAAGUCCUGCACGCUCUGUGUGCAAGGGCGCUCCAAGAAGGCCCGACGUCGGAGCCGUGUACCUCGGACCAAUAAGCCGAGAACGCCGGGAGAGAGGAGAGAGUCCACUGUGUUCGCAGUGGGAAGGUUCCGAGUCACCCACAUGGACAAAAAGGAUCAGGGGUCUGGCGACCAGUUAAGCCAAUCGGAGGCCCUGGAUAGUGAGAAGGGGGAUGAGGAGGACCCCCAGAGGAAGGAGGGGUACAACCUGCGGAGCAUGUUCAAAGACGUCAAAACGGACAGCACCAAUGGUGUGGUUCCCAUCGCGGCCAAGCGGAAGAAGAGUCUGGUUCUGUUCUCACCACGCAGAGGUAGUGAUCCAGUUGGGGCCAAAGUGCCACUGAGCCAGCCCAUGGUAGAAGAGGAACCCCUCUUCACUGCUCCAGUGAAGACUGCUCCAGUGCAGACCUCCAGCCCUGUGAAGAUCCUGUCGUCCCAGCCCAGCCUGGACUCUGGUGCACCUGACGACACUGAUAUGGCUCCUGUUAAAAUGUACCCCACUAACGCGAGUCCAGGAGGCGUCUCCCCUCUAACACCCCCAAUGCAAGAUUCCCCCACCACCACCCCAGUACAAGUCACCCCCAUGACCCCUGAGAUAUUACCCCUUACCCACGGCUCCUAUAAUAACCGUAGUCUUAGCGCCUUAAAUGUCUCUCUUACCCCUACCCCUGUACAAGCCUCUCCAACCUCUAACCUCUUGAAUGUCUCCCCUGACCUGUCCUCCAGAAAAGUGUCCCCCUCCCCUACUCCCUUAAAUGUUUCUCCUACCCCUUCCCCCAUACAAGUCUCCCCUGGCCUGUCGUCCAGAAAUGUGUUUCCUUCCUCUAGCCCGUUAAAUGUCUCCCCUGCCCCUACUCCCUUAAAUCUCUCUCCUGCCCCUACCCCCUUAAUGGUGUCCCCCACCACUCUACCCCGUAGCAUUCUAAAGAAUACUACUACUUUUGUCAAGGUGGACGAAACCUCACCCACCACGAAAGGGCCAGAGGACAAGGUUGAGAGCCUUGCUACUGUCAGGGCGGACAAAGUUUCUCCCACUGCUGUUCCUGUGAAAGUCUGCCCCACUGUGGACCCCAUGAAAGUCUCCCCCACCACGGCUUCCAUGAAAGUCUCCCCCACCUCAACCUCCGUCAAGAUCUCCCCCACCAGUGGAGGCCCUUUCGAGGACAAGCUGGAGGUGGGGAGUGUUACCAUAGUCAAAGCCAGCCCGGACAGUCAGAUGGAGUUCUCUGUGGUGCGUACGGCUGAGGUAAUGAAGGAGGAGGAAGAGGAGGACCCUGCUGUGGCUCAGAGCCCCCCAGAGAAAGGGAAGGAUGAUGAGGUGGAGAUGGAGGACAUAAAGGACUGUCGGGUCAGCCAGGAGGAGGGUGUGUCUCUGGAGGAGAAGAGGAGAUCAGUGCACAGUCAGCACAAGUGGUGAAAGAGAG